AUGGGCGCAGGUGCGAGUACGCCAUCCGCUCCUCCGGCUGAAGCCUCCGCCGCGGCAACAUGCCCCGUUGACCACAAGACCCGCGAGGUAUGGCUGCAACAACACAAGGCUUCUGGUGGAGCUCCCCAUCCUCUACCUACCGAAGACGAGACAGCGAAGACGAAAUUGCAGCGGCCUCUGUCCAGUGACCGUGAAGUCAGCACUAUACCACGAGCUUUCGAUACUUCUGCCGGAUCAUCGUCUGCCGAAGCUCCCGGCGCAUGCCCGUCGCCGUACGCGGCAUCCCAUGGUACCCCGUCCAAUGCCGAAGCCGAAACGGGCCAUGACAAGGCGUCAGGCAAUUGGAUUUAUCCAUCCGAGCGGCAAUUCUUCGAAGCAUUGCUGCGCAAAGGAAAUACCCCCGCAUCUACCAGCUCGGCUUCAGAAUUAGCAACCUCCGUUGCAUCGAUCAUCCCCAUACAUAACGCCGUCAACGAGCGUGCUUGGAAGCAAAUUGUUGAAUGGGAGAGUCAGGCACCAUCGUCCGAUCCGGGUAGCAAGAAAUGCGGAGGACCGAAAUUGUACUCUUUCCGCGGGCUGGGCGUGGAUCCUCAGUUUCUCAGCCCCCGUGCGCGGUUCAAUAGCUUGCUGGGCUACCAGAAACCCUUUGACCGACAUGAUUGGGUGGUGGAGAGAUGCGGCGGUGAGCGUGUUGAAUAUGUCAUUGACUUCUAUCAAGGAAAGUCAACAGGGGAAGAGCCCGGUGCAGCCGGGCUGGCGGCCAACGCGGGACCAGGAAAACUCAGCUUCUACCUGGAUGUACGGCCCAAGCUCAAUACCUUGGAAGGCUGGAGGCUGAGAUUCAAGCGGUUCACGGGAUUGUAG